AUGGCCAAGGACAAGGAGCGUUCCAUCAAUCCGGCAGCGGCACACCGGAAACAGGAGAAGCAGAAGAGUUUGAAGAAAGGAAAGGCUGAGGCAUUAGUGCGACGCAAUGAAAAGCUAGCCCGACGCAACCCAGAGCGCAUCCAGCGACAAAUCAACGACCUGAAAUCAGUCGAGGAGUCAGGUGGCAAAUUACGACCACGGGAUAAAGAGGUCCUUGAAGCUUUGGAAAAGGAUCAUCGUGCAGUCUUGAAGGCGCGCGAAGCUCUCGGCGAUAAGGCACCCAAAUUUCACAGUGGGCGGGGAGGAGAUUACGGACAUGAUGGAGGAGAUGGACAUGAUGGAGGAGAUGCAGUGCUUGGGAAGCGGAGGCGUGAUGAAUUUGCUCCACCCGCAGACAGUGACAGCAGUGACACAGAUGAGGAUGUCCGUCGGAUACCCAUGCCUCGGGAUACACCGCCGCCGAUUCCACGGCAGCCACGGAAACGAGGCGGAGAGGAGUCGGAACGGCGUGGACCACAUGCCCUCCCGUCUAGGCCGCCUGCUGUCGAGGCUAAAAAGGUCUACGAGUCUCAAGCUGAGAUUCGCGAUCUGCGGAAGGAAGCUGUUAAUAAGUUCAUUCCUGCUGCGGUCCGGAUGAAGCAGGACUCUAUUAAGGGCACAGGGAAAUUGCUUGAGCCUGAAGAGAUGGACAGACUCGAGAAAGCUGGGUAUACAGCUGGAACACAGCAACUUGCGAAUACAGCUAGUGAGCUGGACUUAUUGGAGGAGGAAGAAAGAAGGUUCAAUCGUGAACUAAAGACUGUUCAGAUUGAGGAGGUCGAGGAUGAAGACGCAUAG